AUGAUGUUUGUUUUAGCCGACUCCUCUACUGACGAAGCCGCCAUAAUACUCCGUGCAGAUAUCCUGUAUAAUGAGCGGCGUCAGCGCAUGUCUGUGUUUAUUAGGAACCUUGAACAUGUGGACGAAAAAUUGAAACAUGCGGUCAGGUGUAUGCUUUACACGGCAGACGGUCGCAGAAUGGGCAAACAUACUAAGUGCAAAAAGGGUUUCAAUCCAUAUUUCAACGAAGAGUUCAAAUUCAGGAACCUCGUGCGAUCGGAUAUUCGCGGAGGUCACUUAGUGUUCUCAGUAGUGCAAAAGCACAAAAAGAACGUUGUCGGCGUGGGAAUCAUUCCAGGCUGCAGAAUCAACCUUGACCGUGACGAAGCUCAUAAUAUUCCCAUCUGCUCAAAGAUUCCAAAUCAAUUCGUGUACAAUAUGGAGGAUAUCACAAGGGAACCGGAGAGUCUCAUUCGCAUACUUUAUCCCAAAUCAAGUGACCACAUUGAGGUUUAUCAAUAA